AUGCUGCCAGGUGUUGCUUGGAGGCUACAAGCUUCUUUGACUUACUUCAGCGCAUCUAUGUAUUUUUCUCAGGUUCACCAUGUGCCAAGUCUAACAGUGAAGUCCUUAAGUGAAACAAGAUGGGAGAGUUGCAUUGAUGCCUUAAAACCCCUUCGCUACCAUACUGGCAAUAGCUAUGAUGCAAUUAUGGAAAUUGCUGAAGGCACUACCAUUACAGGAUCGUCUGGCAAUGCAGCACGUACCAAGUCAAAAUCUCUUGCACAUGGGCUUUAUGACUUCAAGUUUUUGGUUUCUCUGACAGUAUGGUAUGAUAUUCUUUUUGAGGUAAAUGUUACAAUGUGCAUGAGUAGAAAGGGGCAAUUUGCAUAUGAAGCAGAAGACCAGCUUGGUAAAGACCCAAAAGAAAAAUUCAAAGUGAACUUUUAUUUUGCAGUAUAUGAUGUUGCAAUACAAUCAACUGAAGAACAAUUUGAGCAAAUGUUUGAGCUGAGUUCGGUGUUUGGUUUUCUCUAUGAUAUUAAAAAUUUGCAUGAUAAGAAAUAA